GAUUGGAAAAGAAGAAACAUCAUGAGUACUGCAACAACAACGAGAUCCGAGGCCAUUCCUCUCACGCCCUUGAAAGCCCGUCAAGAUGCCACCAGCAACGACACUCGGGAACCCGCAUCGCAGCUUCAAUCAUCGGUUUCCAGCAUCAACAAUCCAUCAACCCCCAUUACAGACGACGAUGAGCGCUCCAUUGCGCUAGCGCAAAGCCCACCGCCCGCACUUUCGAAAAUCCGCCUCAUCCUCACCAUCUUCCAGCCUUCCCUCAUCAACUUCUUUUUUAGCUUCACCAAUGGCGUCAUCACUGUCGGGCUUCCAGUGAUCGCCAAGGAUAUCCAGCUCCCACGCGCUCUCUACCUCUGGCCGAGUUCUGUCCACGGUCUCACGUCGGGCUCACUGCUACUCAUAGCCGGCGCGGUAGCGGAUAUCAUAGGAGUCAGGGGGUUUGAGAUUUUCGGUAUCACUUUGCUGGGUGCUUUCACGCUAUCAUGCGGGUUCGCUGCGAAUGGAGUGCAGCUUGUUGUUUUCAGGGCCAUGCAGGGCGCGGCAACGGCUAUACACUUGCCAUCCAGUGUGGCGCUCAUCGCAGCUGCUGUGCCGUCCGGAAAAGCAAGGAACUUGGGUUUUGCGUGCUUGGGUCUGAGCCAGCCCUUCGGUUUCUCGGUUGGCCUUGUCGCGAGCGGUUUCAUGGUCGAAUCAAUCGGAUGGCGCGCUGGGUUCUAUAUUCCUGGUGGAGCCAUGUUGGUUACUGCUAUAGUAGCGUGGUGGGCGCUUCCGAAAGUGAAGAGAAGCUCAGACACUCACGGAAAGAGCGUAUGGAAGCAGAUCGGGACAGAUGUGGACUGGAUCGGAGGUCUUAUCGCGAGCGGCGGUUUGGCAAUGCUGGCAUAUGUGCUUGCAGUCCUCAGUGCCGAUUUAGGAUCGAUAAAAUCAGCGGAGACGGCCUCGCUUCUCGCUGUGAGCUUGGUUUUGCUCGCUGCUUUUCCGUUCUGGAUGCACACCCAGGAACGGGCUGGUCGUCCGGCGUUGAUCCCGAAUUCAAUCUGGAAAAAUCUCCCCUUCACUUCAACGUGUAUUAUGGUAGCUCUGAGCUACGGUGUGGUGAACUCGAUUGAGAUUUUCUCAAGCUUGUAUUUCCAGGAAGUCCAGAGUGUAUCGACUCAAACAACAUCUCUCUACCUCCUUCCGAACCUCGUAACAGGUACCCUGAUCAAUCUAAGUGUCGGCAUCUUUGUCGACAGAAUCCCGGCGAACUGGUUAGUCUCGGGCUCAGCCGUCAUAAGCGCUGCUUCUCCCCUGCUCAUGGCCGUGGUCAAUCCGGAAUGGAAGUAUUGGUACCUCGAAUUUUGGGCCCAGGUGUUCGCCCCAUUUUCCGGCGAUGUGCUGUUCACGGUUGGACUCAUAAUCGUCAGCGACAAUUUCCCCGAAAAGACACAAGCUCUUGCAGGAGCAGUUUUCAACACAGUGGCUCAAUUUGGCACAUCCCUGGGCAUCGGGGUUUGUCAAGUUGUUGCCUUGGGUGUCAUGGGGAAUGGCGCCAGUGUCGGGCAUGACGACAAUUCUGAAGCAGCUUUUGAUGACCAGGAUCCGUCUACGCUCUUGAAGGGAUAUCGUGCCGGCUUCUGGACCAUGUUUGCGUACAUGAUCGUUUGUGUCAUCAUUGCGAUCCUAGGGUUGAGAAAAGCGGGUAAAGUCGGUCUGAAGAAAGAGUAA